AUGGCCGACGAAUCUUCUAUAGACAACGUUUUAUUGAUUUCUUUAGUAGAACAAAAGCCUGUUUUAUGGGACAAAACUACAGAGUUGUAUAAAAAUCGCGUUGCAACUCAAGCUGCUUGGAAAGAGAUAAUGAUAAUACUGAAUCCUGAUUUCGAAACAAGAGACGAGAAAAGAAGACAAGCAUAUGCUAAACUAGUUAUUCAGAGGUGGACUCAUAUAAGAGAUAAUUAUAAUCGAUCUUAUAAAAAGAUCCAAGGUCAAAAGAGAUCAGGGAAUGGCGCUAAAACAGCGAAGCCUUAUGUUUAUAGCAAACAGUUAAGCUUUCUACAGAAAAUAAUACAACCUACCGAGAGAGUGAGCAGCAUGAUUACCGAAAACAAAGAAUCUAAAAGCCAGGUAAAUAAUUCCGAAACAAAAGAAAGAUCGGAAAUACAAACCAUAGAGACUAACGAUACGGAGACAAUGAAUCCAAUACUUAAACGCAUACCUAGACGAAGGUCCAUUGCUAAUGAUGUAAAUCCUGUAAAUGCGAAAAUGAUAAAAUUUAUGCAUUCCUACAUAAAUAAAGAACCUGCAGUAACUAAUCGGCAUCUCUCAUUUUUUAAUGGGAUAUUACCUACAUUGGACAUGUUUGACGACAACGAAGUUCUUGAAUUUCAAAUGGGAGUAUUACAAUUGAUGAAAACGAUAAAAAGCAGCCGCCAAAAUCAAGAGUUCCCUUCUUUUAAUGUUAGUUGCAAGACAGACGAGUAGCCAACGAAAAUCUUCCAGUCAAGAACACCAAGUCAAGAGUAAUGCGUCAACUAAAACCUUAGUACAAAUAUGGCUACAGCUUUACUACAAAGUUCUCACUCUAUUGAUUCUCCAUAUUCAAAACACUCAGAUUAUCAGAUGUAGUUGAUUACAAUGACAUAGUUUUGGCCAAAUAAC